UCUUUCUCUAUCUUCCAUCUAUCUAGCGCUCUCCUGUCCCAGGUCCUCCUGAAAAGCUCAUUCCCAAGAUUCUGCCCGACGCAGUUUCUCUUUACCCCAACACACUUUCCAUUUUGAUACCCACAUACGCAUCCACACAGGCAAUUGAAGAUUCGGUGGUCUCCCAAGCCAGCAGAAACCGAACUAUUUUAUGAUAUGUUCAAAACUACUCAACAGAUUACCAUCGCUCUUUCUUUGGACAGGUUACAGAUAUGCUCGAGUGGUUGUUUUCUUGGACAAAACAACAGGUCGGACCGAGGCCGUCCAUACUACUAAUGAGUAGUUGAUCUUGGCCAGUUGAAUCACUACUAUCGAGUCUUCCAGUGACCAUCUCAACUUCUCAACGCGAAAAAAAUGAUGAAUGCUCUAAAUCAGUUGGACAAAGUAAAAUGCUCAUGGAACAAACCUGUGAUUGACCAGGAUGUCCGAAAGGGGGAAAGUGGGAUACCCAUCGAUCCACCAUGGGCGUUACCUAAGCUCCAGCCUCUUUUGUCUUGCCGCCGCUUUCCGCCUACUGUUUCCCUCUCUUUUCCCCCUUUACCGCCAAUGCUAACCGACUGCUGAUGACUGCCUGAGACUUCUCUUGUGUUCUGCUGCCCACUGGUAAAAUAACUUACUGGAAAGUCAUACGCCAGGUUUUCGUAUGUACCCUCCCUUUCUAUCCCGGUUCUUGUCCUUAGUCUCUUUUGACUCCUGAGGCGUCCGUUUCUCUCUCCACGCCCGUCUCCAUUCCUGCCUAUCUACCCCGUGCCUCCACUUUUCCUUUCUUCCAAGCGAUCUCCCUUCCCUCCCCAAGGCAGUAGGGGAAUUAAAAUUAAAACAAAAAAAAAUCUAAAUUAAAAUACAACAUUUAACACGGCCCUACAGAUUAUUGCACUCAUUAUUCAGCUCGUCAGUCCGUUAUUACACCAGCUACCUUUUUCUGCCUGCGGCGCCCAUGGUCCCGUGACCUCACAUCGUCGCAACCUCUCUCAGGCUUUCCAACCGCUACCAUUUCGGGACCGGCUUUCCAUCCUCCGC